UCAAGCUGAGCACAGUGGCUCAAAAACCCAGAGGUGAAAACAUUUAGUCCAGCAGAGAUGGGCAUGAUGAAGAUCCUGGUGUUACUGCUGUUGGUGGCUGUGGCCAAUGCCAAAGUGUUCCAGCGCUGUGAUUGGGCGCGUAUGCUGAAGAGCCAUGGCAUGGAUGGUUACCGUGGGAUCAACCUGGCCAACUGGGUCUGCCUGACCGAGCACGAGUCACGCUUCAAUACUCGAGCAACCAACGUCAACAGAGAUGGCUCGACUGACUACGGCAUCUUCCAGAUGAACAACCGCUGGUGGUGCAACGAUGGACAGAUCCAAACAGCCAAUGGAUGUCGCAUGAGGUGCAGCCAACUCCAGACAGAUGAUGUGAGUGAUGCAAUCAACUGCGCCAAACGCGUGGUCAGAGAUCCCCAAGGCAUCGAAGCAUGGGUGGCCUGGCGUCUUCACUGUAAGAACAAAGACCUGAGAAACUAUUUGAGAGAUUGCAGCCUCUAACCUGGAGACCAGAGACAGAACAGCUGAUCAAACAUUAAUCCUGCAGAUUUAAAUUAUUGUCUGUUUAGUCUGUAACUUUUAGGGAUCGAUCUAUAAGAAGAUACAGUCCUAAAAAACUAAGUACACCCCCUGAUCCAGCAACUUGAAGAAUCUUCUUCAGCAGGUUUUCUAUCUGGCUUCAUCAGCUUCUCACAUUAUUAUGGUUGAGGUUUGGUCCACUGUUCUUUCCAGCUUUGCUUCAGUUCACAGAGGUUUGUAGACAUUUGUUACUGAGGGUCCCACCCCUGCAUUUCAAUCAGGUUAAGGUCUGGACUUUGACUGGACCAUUGGAGCACCUUGUUUUUUUUUUCUCCAUUCUGUUGUAGAUCCUCUGCUGUGUUUGAGAUCAUUCUUCUGUUGAUCACCCAGUUUUGACUAAACUUCAGACUCCAGAGUACUUUGGUACACAGAGGAGAUCAUGGUCCACUGUCAGGUGCCCAGGUUCUAUGGAUGAGAAACAAGUCCAGUUCAUGAUCCCUCCACCACCAUGUUGGAUGCUAUGUAUGUGAACUACUUACCAUACUAGUUCAAUGUCUUUCAAACUGUCUUGUCAUGACCUUUAACCUACUAACUGAAGCGUGUGAUGGAGCUCUUGGGUUUUAGGUUAUUUCUCUUAAGCUUCACGCUCUGACAUUGGACCGAAUCUGCUCAGACGUCCUGUCCUGGGAAGAUUGGCAGCUGUCUGAGACGUUUUCCACUUGGGAAUAAUCUUUCCGUCUGUAAAAUGAUGACCUUCAGAUAGUUUGGAGAUUACCUUAUGAGUAGCAAAACUUACUUCUCUGAGGCCUUUGCUUUUGUCUUUCCACCCUGGCAUUGUGUUAACAGACGCUUGUAUGCUCUAGAGCAGCAAACUGACAAAACAGCUGCUUUUAUAGAGGUGCUCACACUGAUGAAUUGAAACAGAGAGGGUGUACUUAGUUUUGUCCAUGACUGUAACUUGUAAAACAACCAGUGGUUAUUGCUUCUGUUUUAAUUCACAUAUGACUGAUUUUCUGCUGGUAGUUCCUCAUCUUCAACUAGAGUAAGUCUUUGUUAUGGUACUGUUGUCAGAUCAUCUGAUACUUGAAGGUUAUUUCCUUUUCGUUGUGCCUGUUCUGGUUUUAAUUUGUACUCUCCCUUCUGCUUGUGUGGAGGUCAGUAU